AGAGAAUAGAGGUGGUCCCCACUUUCAGUGCAGCUGUUGUACUACAGAUAAGAGAACAAGCACACGAAAGAAAGGGAUAAGAGGGUAGCAAAUGUCUGCAAUUACAGGAGCAAGUUCGUCGCAAUUCAGGCUCUCUUUAACUUCCUCGUCCAACCCAACAUCAGCGCACAAGAUUGAACGCAAGCUUUGCACCCUACCCAUCAGUAUCACCGCCUACUCUUUGGAAAGACAUGUAGAAACACAAUACCCAAUUUCUGCUACAAAACCGUACCACCAAAACCAAACAUCACUCUAUGCAACUUUGAGGAGUUCCAAAGGCUUUGGACGGUCUCCGAGGAAAACCAAGAAGACCAAGAAGCCAAAAAAAGAUAAUGACGAUGAUGAAGAGGAAGAAGAAGAGGAGGCAGAGGAGGAGGUAGAUGAAGGCGUAAUACCAGAGGUAGUGACCAACAGGAUGAUCAGCAGGAUGGGUUUCUCAGUGGGGACACCACUGUUCAUAGGGGUUUUGUUCUUCCCAUUCUUUUACUAUCUGAAAGUUGGACUGAAGAUUGAUGUGCCCACAUGGGUGCCCUUCAUCGUGUCAUUCUUCUUCUUUGGGUCUGCUCUCUUAGGGGUGAGUUAUGGGAUUGUUUCUGCUAGUUGGGAUCCUAUGAGGGAAGGUUCCCUCUUGGGUUGGAACGAGGCUCGGAAGAACUGGCCUGUUUUUUGGCAAUCACUUCGGGGUAGAUCUGGGAAACAGUAGAGGUUU